AUGGAAAUUGCAGUUGAAAAACAAUCAGUUAAGAUCCACCCAUUCGAAGGUGUUAAAGAUUUUGAAAUCAGAACUGCCUCAAAAUUAGUUAAAGAUGCUUACCCAUCAACUGCUAAUGUUCAUUUCGUCCAAAUCGACAAGAUCGAUCCUCCAAAGAAAGAUAUGCUUAGAUAUUUAGAAGCUGAAAAACAUGGUGCUCCAUUACCAAAUAUUCCAAGAGUUUUAUAUUGUUAUUACUACACUAAUACUCACGAAUUCAAUAAAGCUUUAGUUAAUGUUUCAAUUGGUCAUAUCAUCACCAAAGUUAAACAACCUCAAGGUGUUGUUGGUCCUUUCUUACCUGAAGAUAUGUUAGAAAUGGAAAUCUUAUGUAAUGAACAUCCAGUCGUCAAAGCUGAAAUUGAAAAAUUAAAAUUGCCAAAAGGUUACACUGUCAGAAAUGAUCCAUGGAUUUAUGCUACUGAUGAUCCAAAUGAAAAGAGAUUAUUAGUUCAAAAUUUCAUGUACGUUUUAGCUGGUAAUGGUCACACUGAAUCAAAUCAUUAUUCUUUACCAUUGAAAUUUUCUCCAGUUUUUGAUGCUUUAACCAAAACUUUCAUUAGAAUGGAUUACUUACCAGGUGGUUUUGAUGCUACCACUACCCCAACUACUCCAUGGCAAGAAGUUCCAUGUGUUGAAUAUCACCCAGACUUAAAUGGUGAAGUUCUUUCCAGAGAUGUUAAACCAUUAUUAGUUAAUCAACCAGAAGGUCCUUCAUUCACUUGUGACAGAGGUAAAGUUAAAUGGCAAGGAUGGGAAUUCCAAGUUGCCCCAAAUGCCAGAGAAGGUUUUGCUGUUUACAAUGCUUCAUUUAAAGGUAGACAAGUAUUUUAUAGAGUUUCUUUGAGUGAAAUGACUGUUCCAUACGGUGAUCCAAGAGCUCCAUAUCACAGAAAACAAGCUUUCGAUUUAGGUGAUUGUGGUUUUGGUGUUAAUGGUAACAAAUUACAUUUAGGAUGUGAUUGUUUAGGUGUCAUUCAAUACUUAGACGGUUACGGUAUCCACGCUAAUGGUGAACCAUACGUUAUUCCAAACACCGUCUGUAUGCAUGAACAAGAUAACGGUAUUUUAUAUAAACAUGUUAAUUAUAGAACUGAUAACGCCGUUGUUGCCAGAAAGAGAGAAUUUGUUGUUCAAACCAUUGCUACUGUUGCCAAUUAUGAAUAUAUCAUUAACUUCAAAUUUGUUACUGAUGGUUCAAUUGAUAUUGAAGUUAGAGCUACUGGUAUUUUAUCUACCAUGCCAAUUGACGAAAAUGUUACUGUUCCAUGGGGUACUAUUGUUGGACCAAAUGUUAUGGCUGCUUAUCAUCAACAUAUUUUAUCAUUCAGAAUUGAUCCAUCAGUUGAUGGUCACAAGAAUUCUGUUAUUUAUGAAGAUACUCACAAAUUACCAAAAGAUGAAUUAAAUCCUUUCGGUAUUGGUUUCGUUACCCAAAAAACUUUUGUUGAAAAAGCUGGUUUUGUUGAACAAAGCCCUUUCACUAACAGAAGUUAUAAAAUUAUUAACGAAAACGUCAUUAACCCAAUUUCUAAAACCCCAGUUGGUUAUAAAAUUGGUAUCCCAGCUAAACAAAUGUUAUUAGCUGAUCCAGAUUCUUAUAACAGUAAGAGAGCUGCUUUUGCUACUCAACAAUUAUGGGUCACCAAAUACAGUGAUGAACAAAUGUAUGCUGCUGGUGAAUUUACUAAUCAAUCUCAAUAUGAUACUGGUUUAGGUGUUUGGGCUAAUGGUGAAGAUAAUGUCAGAAACGAAGAUGUCUUAGUUUGGGCUACUAUGGGUUUCACUCAUAUUCCAAGAGUUGAAGAUUUCCCUGUCAUGCCAGUUGAAACUCAUACUAUCCACAUAACUCCAAACAAUUUCUUUGAUAAGAAUCCUGCUUUAGAUUUACCUCAAGCUAACAACACUUUCAAUAAAUCCGUUUUAGCUAACUCGACUAGUGGUGAAAAAGCAUGCUGUAAAACCAAUUUAUAG